CCGCUGCGCAGCCGCCGCUUCCACGCGCCGAGAGGCCCGCCGCCUUGUGGGAAACACUAUGGAGACUGCCAGCCACAGCCUGAUCCUUCUGCAGCAGCUGAACAUGCAACGGGAAUUUGGCUUUCUCUGUGACUGCACUGUGGCAAUAGGAGACGUCUACUUCAAAGCUCACCGAGCCGUCCUGGCCGCCUUCUCAAACUAUUUUAAGAUGAUAUUCAUUCACCAGACAAGCAGCGACUGCAUAAAGAUCCAGCCAACAGAUAUCCAACCCGACAUAUUCAGCUACUUGCUGCAUAUAAUGUACACCGGGAAAGGACCCAAACAAAUAGUCAACCAGACCCGGCUGGAGGAAGGCAUCCAUUUCCUGCACGCCGACUACCUUUCCCGCAUGGCGGUCGAAAUGAACCAGAUGCUCUCGCCGGAGUCCGUGCAGUCUUCGAACCUGUACGGCAUCCAGAUCUCCACCACGCACAAAUCCGUCAAGGAAGGCCUCCAGGCGAAGGAAAGUUUGACGAGGAGCCUCGGGAGCAGAACGGCCAGCCAAAGCGAUCACCCCCAGCUGCAGCUCUCUUUGGCUAUUGGGCUCGACGACGGCUCUUUGGACCAGCAGCUUUCUCGUCCUUCCCUCCCGGCGGCUGUGAAGCCGGCAGAGGAGCUUCCGAACCCUCCCGUGACUAUAAAACAGGAGAAGAGCGACCCGGAACAAGUGGUGUCUCAGAGCCACACCUCGUCCUCCCCGGAUGUCAGCGGCCCGGCCUUUUCUAGAACGAACCUCAAGGUCCAUUUAUGCCAGUACUGCGGGGAGCACUUCGAAUCCCGGAGCAGUUUGCGCGAACACCUCUUCACGCAUGUCUCGGGGUCGUUGCCGUUUGGGGUGCCGGCCUCGAUCCUGGAAAGCAGCGACCUUGGCCAGCUGCAGCCCCUGCACGAAAACCACGAGGCUGCGGAAAGCCACCGGCUCGGCUCCUUCCUCCGGAAAGAGGACGAGCGCCACUUGGAGCACCCUGCUCACGGCAGCUUGGAGCCUCUGCCCAUCGGCCAGCUGUCUCUCGUUUCCAAGGAUUCUGAGCCCGUGGAACUGAACUGCAACUUUUCCUUUUCACGGAAGAGGAAGAUCAGCUGCGCGGUCUGCGGCCACAAGUUCCUGCGGAAGAGCCAGCUACUUGAGCACAUGUACACCCACAAAGGCAAACACUUCAAAUUGGGCCGGUGCCAGAGGCUCGGCGGCUCGGCAGCCCCUAAAUUUCAGCUGCUCGGCAGCAGCUGGACUCCGGCGAAGAGCACCGCCCUCUCGCAAGCUCACGUGGAUUCGCAAAACGCGCCGGAUCCUGACCUCUCUCAAGAGAGUAUUGACACCAUACUAGUUGAAUAGCUCCCUCCCUUUCUCCUGUAUGUGUUUUUUUUGCCUGUGAAUUCCUGGGCUCAUUUCAACGUCUCUUUCAUUGUCGCUGAAGGUGUUUUCUGUCUUCUUGCGAAAUACGAAUCGGCAGACUGAAAGCCCUGCUCUGGGUUGUGUCGUGGACUCGGCUGCACGGCUGUUAACAUGUGGGGGAGGGGGCAGGUGACAUGGCUGUGCAUUGCCGCAAAAUGCAAACUAAAUUGAGUGCACUCCCCCACCUGAAAUCAUAUGAGAUGUCAGAGGUAGGUACAGAUAAGAAGGCAGCUUCAAAGGAACAGUCGGACAUGCUUACAAGUGUUUUCUUUUGCAAGUGGGACUUACUGUCAGAGCCGAUUGCUGCUGUCAGCAAGCCCUGCUUUGCCAAUUUGCAGGAGCAGUUUGAAUGCAAACCACA